AUGAACAAAUAUGGAAUGAUUUUCUAUAAAGUUCACAAAAGAGUAGUAAACAUAGAAGGUUUUAAAUUUUCUCUUCGAGAAUUAAAGGCUGUUUAUAAUAAGAAAGGAAUUGAGUCUUUUGUUUUUAUAAUGGAUAAUAACAGAAUCCAUCAUUAUAGAGGACUUAUAGAAGAUAAUAAACUUUUUUAG